CGUAAACGCUGCGGCACUGCGCGCAGCUGACGAGUUUUGGGCUGGGCGCGUUUUCAAAUCUCACGGCUUCUAGAAUCGAGACGAGUGCGACAAUCUUCCGCUGCUCGCAAGAAUUCAAGAUCGAAAUUUCCGCAUCCUCUCUCCGCCGCGCAAUUCUCAGCAUUCCCGCACAUACGGUAGACUACCCCGCCAUCAUCGAUGUCGAGCUCAUCACGCUCCACCAAUGCGAACACGUACACGCGCACAUUCGGGCUACCGCCAGCAGAGCGAUACGCGGCGAAGCUCCACUCGUUCAUCAAGCGGGAAAAUAAAUCCGGGUUGAGAAUACUCAUUCCGGAGGCCAAAGUCCCCAAGUUCGGGCGCUAUGGGGGGAAGGGCGCGGAGAUGGUCGAGAACCUAGUUGCCGCGAGUUGCACAAGGGAACUCGCCGAACAGUUCGCUGUGUUGGUUUUGUAUGAUCUGGUUAUACUCGUAGAUGAUAGUAGCUCGAUGGAAUACGGACAGGAUCAGGAGCGGAGAGCGGCGCUGUCGAACGUCUUAACCGCCGUCGCGAAGGUCUAUGAGCUGGCGCGCGAUGAAGGAAUCGUGGCGGUUAGGUUCCUGAAUACGCAGGUGGUAGAAAAAGAUAUCCGAUCGGCGGAUGUUGCAGAGGUGCUCGAGUACCUCGAGUACAACGGCGUUACCAUGAUUGGUACACAGCUACAGGAAAAAGUCUUGCGCCCGUUCGUCGAGUACCCAAGGAUACCCAUGACCAAACCGGUACUGACUAUCGUCAUCACCGAGGGCAGUAUUGAGGGCGAGAAAGAUGGGCUGCUGAGGAGAACCAUCAGCGAUUGUCAUGCGAGAUUGAAAGCCGAUCGCAACAAGACUGUCGACGCCGCUGCUUUCAUGUUCGCACGUCUCGGAACGGAUCCGGGUGCCAGGAAGCUCCUCGAGGAUCUGGACAACGACAAAAAUCUGAGCCGCUGGAUUGACUGCCUACCGGUUGACUCUCGUUUGGAAGCUAUCUGUAGCCAAGGAACGGCACGCUGGGGUGUGCUACGGAAGCUCAUGCUUGGAGCUCUAUACGAAUCAAUUGACAAGAUGGAUGAAGACUCUGAGAUUGAGGACACGCUCUUACCAUUCAAGCCGGAUAAAUCGAGGUUCAACGGUGAAUCGCCGGACUCCUUCAGUUCUGGCUCCGACGAAGAUGAAUCCGAUGACGAUGAAGAGAGAUAGUUUGAAUACAACAGGCACACGCAAAGUAAGGUGGGAUCUAGGAUUAGGCCGUGAUCAGUGUGGGGUCGUGAGGAAAGCCCGACGAGAUUUCUUUCCCGGCAGUAACAACGGCAGUGGCAGUCAAGCCAUACAUAUCCGCUCACGCCAACUGAAUAUAACCGCUGUCGCGCGCGUAUUUACGAACUUUGAUGCCGGCGGGCGUGCGGGCAUCGCGUUCAUCUCCUGAGAACGGCCGGGGGGGGGG